AUGAGCUUGAAAAAUAGUAAAAAGCUACAAAUAAAGAAAUAAAAUUAAGAAGAAGACAUUGUUAGGGAUUUCUUGAAAUAAUACAACUAUGAAUAUCUAAAAAUGUUAGAAUAAGGAGAUUCUUCUCUAGUAGUAGUGGCAUUUUCAUAAAAACUAUAAUAUUAAGUAGCAGUAAAGAUUAUAAAAACUCGUGGUGCAAUAAAUCAAGUCAACCUUUUAUAAGUUGAUAAAGAAAUCUAGAUUCUUUAAAAUUUACAAAGUGAAAUGUAUGUAUUAAAGAUUUUUGAAAAAAUAGAGGAAUAUAAUUUAGGAUUGCUUGCUAUCGUUAUGGAGCUUUGUGACUGUAAUUUGUCCAAUAUUUUUCAGUUGAAUACAUUUAGUAUUAAAUAAAUAUAUGCGAUGGCAUAUUAAUUGUUGGAAGGGUUGAGAAUUUAUUAGGAAUAUGGUUUGAUUUAUAGUUAAAUUCAGCCUAAAAACAUUCUUUACAGCAAAUCUUAGAAUAAGUUUUUAAUAGUUCACUAUGGUUUUUUUAAGCCACAUAAGUACUCCUUUUCUUAAAAAAAAUCUGAUCUUCCUUCUAUUUCCGACAUAUCAUCAGAAAUGACAAAUGAAUAAAGACUUAAAAGUUUAUAUUCAGAUGUAUUUUCUAUUGGCUUGAUUUUAACUGAAGCUUUUAUCUCUAGAUAAUUGUCACCAGAAGAGCUGAAGAAUUUGAAAUCAUAAAUCAUAUUUAAUGUGUUCCCUUUUUUAAAUAACUAUGAAAACAUUCGAUUUUUUGACAAGAUACUUUUAAAAAUGAUUGACCAAAAUCAAGAUUUAAGACUGCUACCCAAAGAUUUACUCUAUAACUUAAAGGCAUUUGAAAUUUAAGAUUAAUAUUUAGCUCUAUUUAAACUAAAAAAAUAUCUUAAAAAACUUCUUGUUUUAAAUGUUGAAGACAUUAUUAAAGCAAUCCAUUACGAUGUGUUAGAAAUAAAUCUAAAAAUGAAAUAAAAAAACUAUUUUAACAAUAUACAAAACACAAAUAAUUGA